CUUAGGGCUAACGAACGGGGUAACUACCAGUGGCACCGGGUAUAUAAGGAGGCCGAACUUGGGGCAUCAGACACAAGCGUCGUUAUCUCCCUCUCAGGUGGAAGAGCGUCACGAGUUCAAGAUGAACCUGAAAGUGGUGACGGUGUUGUGUGCCGUCGUGGCAGUGGUAGUGGCUAGACCACGCCAGCAUCAGGGGGCGGGAGGAGGCGGAGGAUUCGGAGGAGGUGGUGGCGGUGGAAGUGGGGGAGGCGGUUUUGGAGGAGGAGGAGGAUUUGGAGGAGGUGGAGGAGAUAAAGGAGGUGGUGGCGGAGGCGGCUUUGGAGGGGGUGGUGGAAGUAGUGGAGGAGGAGGCGGCUUUGGGGGAGGAGGAGGAGGGGGAAGCGGAGGAGGUGGCGGAGGUGGCUUCGGAGGAGGAGGAGGAGAAAGUGGAGGUGGUGGAGGAGGAUUUGGAGGAGGAGGAGGAAGCGGGCAGAGGGGAGGCUCUGGCGGAGGAUUUGGAGGUGGUGGAGGAGCUGGAGGCGGAGGCGGACAGAGAGGAGGCUCUGGCGGAGGUUUUGGAGGUGGUGGAGGAGCUGGAGGCGGAGGCGGACAGAGAGGAGGCUCUGGCGGAGGUUUUGGAGGUGGUGGAGGAGCUGGAGGCGGAAGUGGACACAAAGGCGGUUCGGGCGGAGGCUUUGGAGGUGGUGUUGGAGCAAGUCACUCGGGCUAAACUUCUUCAAUAGGACACCGCAAGUAACAAAGUUAUUGUUGAUUAUUAUAAUAAAACAAAGAAAAAUUAA